AUGGAUGUGUAAAAACCAGAUAUAAAUUAAUAUGUAGAAAAUUAAUGUAAAUACAUCAAGAACUACAUAUAUAGAAUCAAUGUAAAUAAUAUAUUAAAAGAGAUUUGAGUGAAAAUAAUAGAGUUUUGGUUUCAUAUUAGGAUAUAAAGUGGUUGUCGUGAAUUUAUGAUUAUUAGAUUCAUGGUACUAAUUAAGAGUGUGACAUUGAUUUGAAAUAAUAAUAUUAUUUUUCAUCAUCAAAUCUGAAUGAAUAUUAUCAACUAAUUAUUAGCAGGGAGCUAAUUUUAUGA